UUUUGUGGAGCUGAAUCGUUCAGCCUUUUUGGAACCAGAAAGCUUACCCAAGCCAAAGAAGUCGCCGUUUGUUAGCCAGAAGCUAACUGGGCUGGUUGGGGAAAUUGUCUGUGGGGGACCUUUGCCAGCUCUGACUUGCCACGUACCUGUGUGCAGCUUCAACGAGCAAAACAAAUACACUGGGGAGAGCGCGGCGGUGGAUUUGGCCAGCGGUAGUCAGAAAGCCAGUGCCGAUGUCUCAGAAGCAAGAGCAGGAGGAGACGAAAUGGACUUAGAGCCGCGUCAGGUUCACCCUCCACUGUUGGCUUUACCGCUCCAGCCGGCCCCCCUGCCUCCGGUUGCCGUCUCCGCCUUUCAGCCUCUUCCGCAGCCGCCGGCACCUCCUCCUCCAAAGCCUCAGCCUGCUUAUUGUGACGCGGACAUCGCCGAAGUAGUUGAAGGGCUCGUGCGUGACGUGCUGGAGGCAGAAUGCAGAGAAGUCAGCACGGCAGGGGCAGCUUAUGUGCGCUCCGCCAUCCG